AUGGCGGUGGCAUCGAUACAGGAUCGGACGAACGAAUUCCAGUCCAUUUUGGGCCAGGCCCAAAAGCGCAUGGCAUCAAACAAAGUCGGAGCCCAGCGUCAAGCAUUACUUUCAGAUUCGCAACGUCGCCAGGCAAACGGUAGCCCUGAUCCUUCUGGGAAGAAAAGCCGGUCCGAGUUUGCCAAACGAGCCGCCGAAAUUGGCCGGGGGAUUACAGGCACGACGGCGAAAUUGCAGCGCUUAGCCGAAUUGGCCAAACGCAAAACUCUUUUCGACGACCGUCCAGUGGAGAUAUCAGAGUUGACCUAUGUGAUUAAACAAGACCUGGCCGCGCUGAAUUCCAACAUCGCACAACUACAAGCUCUCACAUUGGCACAACAUCCCCGCGCAAGCCGUAAUAAGACAGACCAGGAGGGCGAACACAAUGAUAACGUGGUGGUGUUGCUUCAAGGAAAACUCGCAGAUGUAGGCGCCAACUUCAAAGAAGUUCUUGAAGUACGAACAAAGAAUAUCCAGGCAUCGCGUUCCCGGACAGAAAACUUUGUGUCAUCCGUGUCUUCCAAGAGUCAAAAUCAAUUCGAUCCCCAGCGCUCCGAUUCACCUCUUUACAAUGCUCCCCGAAGCCGAACACCCCAGCCAGGGUUCCGCAGCAGCAGCAACUCAUCCGACCUUCUAUCUAUCGAACCUUCGUCGACAUCCGUGCUCGGCCAACAGGGCUCAAACCGUGCAGCUUCAGAUCAACAACUUCUCAUGAUGGAAGAAGCCCAGCCGAACAACACAUACAUCCAAGCCCGUGGCGAAGCCAUCGAAGCCAUUGAGCGCACUAUUAACGAGCUUGGCGGCAUCUUUGGUCAACUUGCGACCAUGGUGAGCGAGCAGUCGGAGAUGAUUCAACGUAUCGAUGCCAACACGGAGGAUGUUGUGGACAAUGUUCAAGGUGCACAGCGCGAGUUGAUGAAGUAUUGGUCGAGAAUGAGCGGUAAUAGAUGGUUGAUCGCCAAGAUGUUUGGCAUUUUGAUGAUCUUCUUCCUUCUUUGGGUUUUAAUAUCUGGUUAA